UCACAAAAGUGAGUCUGCCUCCCCGAGCAGGGAAAGCGAGGCUGCGGCGGCCCCUGGCGGGGUUCCGCUUCCCCGAUGCUGGGAGGAGGAGGAGGAGAAGCGGCCGCGGGAGGGGCUUCCCGGAGCCCAGCCCGCCUCUCUCCCCGCCCAGCCUCCGCCGCCGCCGCGUUGUGUAAGCGGGGCCUGGCGCGCCAGCGGAGGAAGCCCACGCGGAGAGCUCGGCGCCCGGCUGCUUCUUCCUUCCAGCCUGCUCCCCGGACGGGUCAUCGCUUGCGUCUCUCCCCAUUCCGGCCCCGCCUGGGUCUUGUGGUUGGUGCGCAACCUCUCUGCGGUCCCCGGGGCGCGGCCAGCCAUGUCCCAGAAGAGGAGAAAGCGGAAGCCAGCCGAGUCGAAGCAGGAAGGGGCAGAAGAGGGAGCAUUAGUCCCUGAUGGCUUGGAGAGCAACGGGAGGUUGGCAUCCGGGGCACCGCCUGCUGCUAAGAAGGCGGCUGGGGAAGGGGAUGUGGGCAGCAGAGGCUCUGCCGCCCUGGCCGAGGCCGUCAAGCGAGCCCGCCUGGACGCGGCGCCCUCCGUCGCAGAGUUCAAGUACAACAAGAAGCGCGUCCGUCUCAUCUCGCAAGAUCCCAAUCUCAAGGAAGAUGCUCGGGGCAUCCUCUACUGGAUGUCGCGAGAUCAGAGAGUGCAAGAUAACUGGGCCUUUCUCUAUGCCCAGCGACUGGCCCUGAAACAGAAGUUGCCGCUGCAUGUCUGCUUCUGCCUGGUGCCCAAGUUCCUGGAGGCUACCAUCCGCCAUUUCGGCUUCCUGAUCAAAGGCCUCAAGGAAGUGGCCGAGGAGUGCAAGGAACUAAGCAUCCCGUUCCACCUGCUCAUAGGCUUCGCAAAGGACGUGCUGCCUCCCUUUGUGACGACCCACGGCAUUGGCGGGGUGGUGACGGACUUUGCCCCCCUCCGCGUCCCCAUGCAGUGGGUGCAAGAUGUCCAGGCGAGGCUGCCACCUGAUGUGCCCUUUGUCCAGGUCGAUGCUCACAACAUUGUGCCCUGCUGGGUGGCCUCCGACAAGCAGGAGUACGGGGCCAGAACUAUCCGCCGGAAAAUCCAUGACCGGCUAGCUGAGUUUCUCACCGAAUUCCCACCUGUCAUCAGGCACCCUUAUCCCACAGAGUUCCAAGCAGAGCCUGUCGACUGGGACGCCUGCUAUGCCAGCCUGCAAGUCGACCGCUCCGUGAAGGAGGUGACCUGGGCGCAGCCAGGGACAGCUGCCGGCCUGGCGGUGCUGGAAGAGUUCAUCAAGGACCGCCUGAAGUUCUUUGGCACAGACAGGAACAAUCCCAACCGGGCAGCUCUGAGCAACCUCUCGCCCUGGUUCCACUUUGGUCAGAUCUCUGUCCAGAGAGCAAUCCUGGAGGUUCGCAAGCUCCGUAGCCGGUACAAGGAAUCGGCGGAAGCCUUCAUUGAAGAGGCCGUGGUGCGGAGGGAGCUGGCGGACAAUUUCUGCUACUACAACCCGAACUAUGACAAGGUGGAAGGGGCUUAUGACUGGGCCAAGACUACGCUGAAGCUGCACGCCAAAGACAAGCGAUCUCACCUGUACAAACUGGAAGAGCUGGAGGCAGGAAAGACACACGACCCUCUCUGGAAUGCUGCACAGCUCCAGAUGGUUCAUGAAGGGAAGAUGCACGGCUUCCUGAGGAUGUAUUGGGCCAAGAAAAUAUUGGAGUGGACCACUUCGCCAGAAGAGGCCCUGAAAUUCUCCAUCUACCUUAAUGACCGCUAUGAACUGGAUGGCCGGGACCCCAGUGGAUACGUAGGCUGCAUGUGGUCUAUCUGUGGGAUCCACGACCAAGGCUGGGCAGAGCGGGCUGUGUUUGGCAAGAUCCGCUACAUGAACUAUGCUGGCUGCAAGAGGAAGUUUGACGUGGACCAGUUUGAGCGCAAGUACAGCCCUCAAAAGUUCUCCAAGUAAUCCUCAAGUGGCUGAAGGGCAAGGCUUGACGUUGCCUUUUUCACAGCGGCUGAGGCCAGCCUAACGUUACACAACGGCUGUAGUGCAAAAAGGCAGCUUUUGCUCACCCUUUUAAGAUGGUGCAGAACAAGCAGCGACAGUAGGUCAAGCUGCGUUCCUGAAGCCCCGCUCUCUACCUGCUAUGCAAUCCUAAAGCCGCGUGCCACACAGCAGACAGGUUUUGACAAUGUUUCUGCAUGGCAGAAUGGUGGGCGGUAGCAGGAGGAGAUGGCAGCCCAGCAAAGCCACAGAGCCUGGAACCUACGAAUGAGGAGGCGUUUCACGUUCGACGAAAACAGAGACCGCAAAAGCAGCAUGCUUAUUAGUGUAGUUUAUUAUGGACAGCAUUUCUGUGGUUAACAGCAGGUGGAUAUCUGGUUUCUACUCCACCGUUAACUCUUUAUAAAGAACUUUCACAUACCA